CCAGUGACUCCUCGUCGCCACCUAGGACUCCCAGUGACUCCUCGUCGCCUCCUAGUGCUCCCAGUGAUUCCUCGUCGCCUCCUAGGGCUCCCAGUGACUCCUCGUCGCCUACUAGUGCUCCCAGUGACUCCUCGUCGCCACCUAGGACUCCCAGUGACUCCUCGUCGCCUCCAAGUGCUCCCAGUGACUCCUCGUUGCCUCCUAGUACUCCCAGUGACUCCUUGUCACCACCUAAUGCUCCCAGUGACUCCUCGUCGCCUCCUAGUGCUCCCAGUGAUUCCUCGUCGCCACCUAGGGCUCCCAGUGACUCCUCGUCGCCUACUAGUGCUCCCAGUGACUCCUCGUCGCAACCUAGGACUCCCAGUGACUCCUCGUCGCCUCCAAGUGCUCCCAGUGACUCCUCGUUGCCUCCUA